GCGAUGUUAAAACAAGUCAUAGGUAUUUUUCGUAUUGGCUCGGUGUUUCCCGAGAAAGAGAAAAGAGAAAGGUUCCCCAAUUUUGAAACUCAAAUCCCAAUCCCAGUCACUCUCACCCUCACUCACUUCAAUUCUCUUCUUGUUCUUCUUCUUCUGUGAUGCCAGUUCGAAUCAAGAAUUGAGGCAAAGCGAAGAUCAGAGUGAGUGAGAGAGAAAAUGGUUUCGUACGUGAACAUCUUGCUGUACGGCGUGGGAGGGUUGGUGGUAGCAGGUAUGGCAUUGCUGGUGGCGUUUCAGGAGAAGCUCGUCUAUGUUCCGGUGCUUCCAGGUCUCACCAAGUCCUACGCCAUCAAUCCCUCUCGUCUCAGACUCACCUACGAGGACAUCUGGCUCCGCUCCUCCGACGGCGUUCGCCUCCACGCCUGGUUCAUCAAGCUCUUCCCCGAUUGCCGAGGUCCGACCAUUUUGUUUUUUCAAGAAAAUGCUGGAAAUAUUGCUCAUCGUCUUGAAAUGGUUCGAAUAAUGUUGCAGCAGUUACAUUGCAAUGUUUUCAUGCUUUCUUACCGAGGUUAUGGAGCAAGUGAUGGUUAUCCUUCUCAACAUGGAAUCAUAAAGGAUGCUCAAGCUGCAUUGGACCACCUUUCCCAAAGGUCUGAUAUUGACACAUCUAGAAUUGUUGUGUUUGGACGAUCUCUUGGGGGUGCAGUUGGAGCUGUACUAACAAAAAAUAACCCUGACAAGAUUGCUGCUCUGAUACUUGAAAAUACAUUCACGUCUAUAUUGGAUAUGGCUGGAGUUUUGUUCCCCUUUUUGAAGUGGUUUAUUGGAGGAAGCUCUUCAAACGGUCCUAAAGUGCUCAAUUUUCUUGUACGUUCCCCAUGGAUGACUAUUGAUGUUGUUGGCCAGAUCAAACAACCUAUCCUAUUUCUCUCUGGAUUGCAAGAUGAGAUGGUCCCCCCAUCACAUAUGCAAAUGCUUUAUGCUAAGGCAGCUGCUCGUAAUAAUCAGUGUCUCUUUGUGGAGUUUCCUACUGGCAUGCAUAUGGAUACUUGGCUGGCUGGUGGUGAUCACUACUGGAGAACAAUUCAGCAAUUUCUUGAACAGCAUGCCCCAGUGCGAAAGGAGCGAAAUGCAAAUGAUGUUGGGGCGAGAUGAUUGGCUGGCAUUAAAUUAUUUCAAUGAUACUAAUUGGCUAACUAAGGAUUCACACAGUUUCUGUCCUUUGAAGUUGCUGCCCGUGAGAGCUCCCUGUGAGAAGAUGCUUCCUACUUGGACAUGCUGCCCCACGUCAAGGUAUAUAUCAUUGAACAAUUUUGAUUGGGUUGUGGUUUCCAAAACUUGAAAGGUGCGCAGACAAUUUGUGCUACCCUUUUCCUAUACUAUUACGGCAUCUACAUUUUAGGUGCCUGAUCGAAUUUGACAAAUGACAUGUAGAAUAAUCAUUAUUUACGUGAGCUUAUAUUAUAUAUACAUGUAGUGUAUGUACUAUACCUAUGUUCUUGGUGGAUGGGUUCAUGUUUUUCAUACUAAUGCACGCCGAGAAGUGAUUGUGGGAAA